CUCAGCAGUACAGCUGGUGAGUGGGAGGUGAGCAAUAACAAUACAAAAUGGGGAAGAUUGUAUUCUUUGAGGAUAAGAAUUUCCAAGGUGGUAGUUAUGAAUGCAGCAGUGACAGCCCAGACCUGCACUCCUUCUUCAGCCGCUGUAACUCUAUCAGGGUGGAGAGCGGCUGCUGGGUUCUGUACGAGCGCCCCAGCUAUGCAGGCUACCAGUACAUCCUGACCCCUGGGGAGUACCCUGACCACCAGCAGUGGAUGGGCUUCAACGACAGCAUCAGAUCCUGUCGAUCUAUCAAAAACGUCUAUGGAAAUUCCUACAAGAUCAGAUGCUAUGACAGGCCAGAUUUUGCUGGCCAUAUGGCAGAGUGGAGUGAGGACUGCCCAUUGGUCCACGAAGCAUUCAAGUUCCAUGAGUUCCACUCUGCUGUGGUGAUGGACGGUGCCUGGGCAUUCUACGAGCUGCCCAACUACAGGGGGCGCCAGUACUUCCUGGAGCGCAAAGAGUACCAUAACUUCACGGACUGGGGCGCCACCUCCCCUGUCGUGGGCUCCUUCCGCAGGAUCACAGAGUUCUAGAACCUUACAACCUCUAGAGUUCUAGAGCCCUACGAUGACCCCUUUCCCAGAAACCUCUCUGCAGUGCCUUAUGACACCCACCUCUGUGUGAGAGUGUUGCAGUCUAACAAAUAAAACUCUGUCUGAUUCCCACAUA